CUACAAUUUCCGCAACCCCUACCAGUUCGAUCACUUUUUCACCUUCUCUCUUCACCUAAAACCAAUUACCUCAGAGAGUACCAGACAACAUGAAGGCAGAUCUCGAGAUCGCAGGAUUUUCAAUCCUGCCCCUACACUUCCCCGCAACCCCAGCAUAUCCCAAACCGGCAACACACUACCUCUACCUCCGCGCCCAUGAGCCUCGCAUCCCAGACGCCGACACUCCCCGCUCGAUGUUCAUCGUGAACAUUCCCGUCGACACGACCGAAACCCACCUGCGCCACCUCUUCGGCACCCAGCUCUCCGCCGGACGCAUAGAGCGCGUGGAAUUCGAGGCCGCCCCAACCAAAAAGAAGGGCAUGCAAGCCACCCCGCAAGGCAACAUCGCCAGCAGCAAGAAACGCAAGCGUGUCACCGCCGACGAACUCCAAGCACAGCUGGACGAUGUCGACCUCCCCGCUACCUGGGACCGCCAGCUCCAGAAGAGCGGGUCGCACGCGAUCGUCGUCUUCGCCGACAAGCCCAGCAUGGAGGCGAGCUUGAAAGCGGCGCGCAAGGCCGCAAAGAAGGGCACGGAGAUUGUCUGGGGUGAGGGUGUUGAGGGCGAUCGAGUACCUGCUUUGGGAUUGCAGAGGUACAUUACGCACGAGCAGUUGAGGUAUCCGGAUCGGGCGGAGUUGUUGCGCACCGUCAAUGAUUAUAUGACGGUGUUUACGCAGGUCGCGGAGGUCAGGAAGAGAGAGGAGGCACGCAGGGCGCAGGAACCCGACGAGGAUGGAUUUAUUACUGUUACGUCUGGGCCGAAGUUGGCGGAGGCUGCUCAUGAGGAUGAGGCUAGGCAGUUGGUUGAGAAGCAGAAGGAGAAGUCUAAGGGAUUGGAGGACUUUUAUCGGUUCCAGUCUCGUGAGAAGAGAAAGGAGAAGCAGAACCAGCUGCUUAAGAAGUUUGAUGAUGAUAGGAGGAAGUUGGCGGAUAUGAAGAAGCGGAAGGGGAAGAUUGCACCUGAGUGAUCUUGUUCUUACGUCCUGUUUGGCAUUGUUGGGUCGGUUUAGCAUGGCGUUUGGGGGGUUCGUCCAAAAGUGCUUUAUUCGAUAGAGAAUUGGCUUGGAGGGAUGCCGGAUGAUGCAAAUGUUCGCUUCUUGUAGACUAAAUAUAUAACAUGAU